GGGGUUGUUGUCUGCAGUGUUCGGAUGCCUUGACUCUCGCGGCGCUCCGGUGCUUUUGGUCUCCUCCCUUUUCCCGCCCUCACCUCCUUUCCCGGCUUCUUCGACCAGCUUUGCGCUUUUUGUCCCUCGUUGUUAAAACUGAAUCAAGGAAAUAUGGGACACAAUCACUGCCAGCUCUAGUCUGGGAGCACAGGGAGAUCUGCGCACUGCAGUUUCCGGCCGGGACAUCCAUCGAGCGCGCAAGGCGCACAGACCGUUCUGAGCGCAGCGCACUGGAUCGCGGCUCACAAGCGGUCUCUAGAAGCGAAGUCAGUCGGCCCUCGGCCUCAGCAGAUCGAAUUCCGCUCGGCAGUCUCGGCCCUGGAAACGUGAUCCCAGCAUCACAGAGGCAAGAUGCCGGCACAUAUGCUGCAGCUCUCCAGCUCCUACACCACCACCACCACCAUCACAGCGCCUCCCAAAGGGAGCUCGCAGAAUGGAGGGGAAAAGUUGGAGAACCACCCUCUCUACACUGAGGAAGACAUCCGCCCUGAAAUGAAAGAUGACAUAUUUGACCCCAGCUAUCAGGAUGCUGAGGGCCCCAGGCCCAAGCUUGAGUAUGUCUGGAGAAACAUCAUCCUCAUGGGUCUGCUGCACUUGGGAGCCCUGUAUGGGGUCAUACUGGUUCCCACCAGCAAGUUCUACACUUUGCUCUGGGCCUACGUGUACUAUUUAAUCAGUGGCCUGGGCAUCACAGCAGGAGCUCAUCGCCUAUGGAGCCACCGAACUUACAAAGCACGGCUGCCCCUGCGACUCUUCCUGAUCAUUGCCAACACCAUGGCGUUCCAGAAUGAUGUUUAUGAGUGGGCCCGAGAUCACCGCGCCCACCACAAGUUCUCAGAAACAGAUGCCGACCCUCACAAUUCCCGCCGAGGCUUCUUCUUCUCUCACGUGGGUUGGCUGCUUGUGCGCAAACACCCAGCUGUCAAAGAGAAAGGCAGGACGCUGAACUUGUCUGACCUAAGAGCCGAGAAGCUGGUGAUGUUCCAGAGGAGGUACUACAAGCCUGCUGUCCUGUUGAUGUGCUUCAUCCUGCCCACACUGGUGCCCUGGUUUUGUUGGGGUGAAACUUUUCUACAUAGUUUGUGUGUUGCCACUUUCCUGCGAUAUGCCAUAGUGCUCAAUGCCACCUGGCUGGUGAACAGUGCUGCCCACCUCUACGGAUACCGCCCCUAUGACAAGAACAUUAACUCCCGGGAGAAUAUCCUGGUUUCCCUAGGAGCUGUGGGCGAGGGCUUCCACAACUACCACCACACCUUCCCCUAUGACUACUCUGCCAGUGAGUACCGCUGGCACAUCAACUUCACCACGUUCUUCAUCGACUGCAUGGCUGCCCUCGGCCUGGCUUAUGACCGGAAGAAAGUGUCCAAGGCCGCCGUCUUGGCCAGGAUUAAAAGAACUGGAGAUGGAAGCCAUAAGAGUGCCUGAGUUUGGGGUUGUCCAGGUUCCUUUUCUAAAGCCACCUGGGCAGAGGUUUAAUGUUCUGUUAAUUAACUACUGAGUAAUGCUACCCAGAUGCUAAAGACGAUGACCUUAACCCAUUCUAGUACAGUAUUCUUGUAAACGCUCAAGUAUUGAAAGGCAGCAACUCCCCUCUUUGAUGCUAGGCUGUUUUUUUUCUCUUCUAUUCCCAUUAUCCUUUUCUUUGCUUGGUUCCUAUCACCUUCCUUUCUCUCCUCCCUCAUUGCCUCCCAGGCAAGCACCUGUUCAGCCAUAGGUUGGUGUCCAUUGUAAAAACCCAGCAGUCUUUCUAGAGUCUAAAAGUAAAGAUCUUUUCCCCAGAUAACUCUUUUCUUGAUCUCUCCUGAGCUUCCAGGUAGGUGACUUUAGCUAGAUAUGCAACAAAAUCUUAUCAAAAGUGCCCAUUAACUGUCAUCAGCCCAUGCUUUACUAGAUGGAAGGUGAAAAUAACUAUUUGUUGCAAAGCUUACAAAGCAGGUCAUUCAUCAGGGGAGAGUGAGCAUGCAGGGUAUGAUUUGUAAGUAAGGAUGUGGUUGAGGUGGGAAAGCUCUUUUUGUAAUCAGACCCAGCUGCAGAAACCUGUAGUCUUCCUACCUAGUACACUUCCUUUUUCUCCUGAUUAAUUAGUAGAGUGGCCAUGAAGUUUGGCAAUUACAGCAGCACAUCUUAAUGUCUCAAUAUAGUUUGAAUUGAGGCCAAAUGGGAAGCAUUAGGAAAAGUGGUCUCCGUUAGGGAAAAAUAUUUUCCCCUGUAUUAACAAGGAGAUUUCUUAUUUCAUAGACAAGCAAGUUGUCAGGUUGACUGUGUCCAGAAGUGAUGGAUACAGCAACAGCUCAUAGAGUUUGAAGAUUCUGUGAGCUGCUUGUCCAACUCCUUUCAUCUUUCUGCUGUGCUAUCUUCAGGAUUUUGGUCACUGCCCUUGUAGUAAUAGGAUGACUGUGGCAUUUCCAAACAUCCAACAAUGGAAAGAUUUUAGCAGGUGAACUUGGGUCAAAGUUAAACAUGUAUAGACAUAAUCUGUAUUGCAGCAUGGAAAUAUUCACUUGGAGUAUUUCCCUCUGAAAAAGAAAUAAGAAGCUUGAAGGAGAAGAGGCAUCCACUGGUGUACCCAUUCCUCCCACUGCUGGGCAGGAGAUGGACAGUUUGCGGGGCAGGGUCUGUAGGCAGCUCCUAAGAUCACUUUGCAAAGGAAGGGCUCUAACAGCACAUUGCUGGAGGGUUCAGAAGUUGCUGAGUAAUUUGUUGGGUGUUCUAGUGAACCGAGUUAGAUAGUAGGUCCAUUCAUCCAUUACAAUUUCUCCUUCGAUAGAUUAAAAUCUAGGCUUCCUCCCCAGGUAUUUUGCCCUUUCAUGCAUUCCUUUUUCUGUGACCAUCCAGACUACCUUAGGACUGCCUGGGGAAGGGUUGCGGGGUAGGGAUCUCUUAACUGCCUUGUUUCCUGACUCCACUCCAUCUGUCCUUUUCUCUUAUUGGUUCUCUUGGUUCUCUGACACGUGUCUUCAGGGCAGUGAGGAUCCUGUCUAGGCAGCACCCUGUCCUGCAGACAUAAUGCUUAUGGGCACUGAAAUAAAGUAGCCUCCAGAUCCUCUUCACCUCCUCCCUAUGUGCCUCUGCCACACUGAUAACUUCAAAAAAGUUUAGUGACUCCUCUCAAAAUAUCCCUGGCUCAGACAGGCUCCCUUCCCAAUAAGCCAAGCCAAAUACCCACAUUGUGCCAGUGAGCUAACCGUGGAGCAAAGCAGGGUUUGUUGAUAAUCUCCUUUCUAGGACAGAAGGGAGCAUACUCAGUGUGAUUCUUGCAGGAAGAGGAGGACACCUUUUCCUCGUUUUGAAAGGAGGGCCUGACCAGGAGCCAGAGUCUGCUGCAAAGCUUUGGCUUAAAUGUGGGAUCUGAGAUGCCAUGAACUUUGCUGAAAAGAGUGUCUGUUCAGCAAACUUAUCUGAGAUCCCCUACCACUCAGCCAGGCAGACAAUAGGAUAGAAGUUGGGGGGAAAAAACCAGAAUGUCCGUGGUUUAAAGACUAUGGGCCUGUCCUGCCCUGUACCUCAGUCAAAGUGCAGAAGCCUGGCUUCGCUCUUAGCAGGAUUGGCAGUGUACAAUGCCAAAUGCUCUGUCCAUUGUUGAGGCCCGAUGGUAGAAGGAAGCAGGACCUUUCUUCCUGCAUCUGUCGAAUAGAGGCUACAGGGACCAGCCUGCACUAAGGCAGCCUUGCUUUGAACUGUUCGUUAAGCAGAAAAGAAUCUUAUGGAAUAUCACUGUAGAUCAUAUCUGCUGACCUGUGUGCCUACCCCCAAAUAUGUCUCUUGGAUUGUUUUAAUUCUGCAAGUCAUCAGAUAUCUGCUUUAAAAUAUAUGAACAAAACCCUCAAUUUUCUCUUAUUUCUCUUCAAAUCCUCUUCCAUGGAUUUAAUUCAUUCCAUGUCCCUACACAGUGAGGAUGGAGACCUCAGACUGAGGGUACAGGAUACGUGUGUGUGGGUAGUGGUACGUUGACUCAGUAAAGAACAGUUCUCAAGAUUCUAAAGCUCAAUGACACAUUAAAAUAAACUCUGAUCAAGAGUAAAUUUGUAACAGUUAUGCUGACAAUUUAUUCAGGUGCCUUACCUCUUUUCUAAUCCAUGUUAUACGUGAGCCUCCCUUGCUUCCUCUGAGUCCCUUAACUUCUGAGAGCCUACAGCAGUGCAUAUUUAAAAUCUGACCCACUUGGAGGAUUAUCAAUGCAUUGAUUUGAAGGAUUCCCUUCUGGGCUUCAUUUUGGAAACUUCUUAAUCACAUUUGAUGGAGGGUGGAAGUAAUUUGAACAUAUUUUAUUUAUGCUUUUUUAAUUAAAAGAUGCUUACAGUAUUUAAAAUGGAAGUUUUCUUCUAUAGUCCGCAAAUAUUCUAAGUGUGUUCUCUAUAAAUGUAGCUGAAGUGGGUCGGUGUGAAAAGUUAAGAAUGCAAGGUAGUCAUGCUGCACUGGUGGUGAAGGUCAGGGCCUCCAACCAGUAUGCCAAGAUAAGGACAUUGAUCCAUGAGGGUAGAACACUCUUGACCUAUAAUCACCUCUUAAUGGUUCCACCUCAAUGCUGUUGCUUUGGAGAUGAAGUUUCCAUAAAUUCAGACCACAGCACUGGACAAGUCAAUUAUAAUGUGCCUCAGUAUUCCUUUUCUUAAAAUGGGGUAAUAAAACUGACCUACCUCAAUGGACAGGUUUGAGGCAUGAGUAAUGCUUCUACUAAAGCAUUUGGCAUCAGCAGAGGAAUUCUCAAGACCUGCAUGUUUUUUAUUAUACCAGUGUCCACCAUGAACUCGAUGUGUACUGUGUCCUGAAUGAUGUUAGACUACAUCCACCUCUUGAGAGAUUGAAUGAGUGCAGUUGAUAAAUGUUGGAUAAUUAGCCAGACAAAAUUUUGAGAAUGUAUACUCAUUGCUAUGAAAAUAAAUGCAGGAUACCCUUUCCUUCCUUGGGUGAGAUUUUUUCCUUAUGUGAAAUAGUAAUUAUUUGUAACCUAAGAAUCAUUUUUGGAAUAAUUUUCAUUAAUAUCAACUUUGAAGCUAGUUCUGAUCUGAGGUUGUGUUUGUUCCUAAUAAAAUUGAUGUGAAUCUGA